CAGCGUGUUUGGUCAGUGAAUCACAUGCCUGCACCAUCCCCGUUAUCCAGCGGUAUAAAUACGAGCCGCAGAGAGACAGAAGCAGCUUCAGACGAUCUGGAGUCUCAGGAAACAAACAGAGGUUUUUUUUCUCAUCAUUGCCUGCUGGCCCUGUGAGAGUCAGAGAGGAUGUUAAUGAUGAUGAUGAUGAUGAAGAAGAAGGGGUCGAAGUCUCUGGCUGCUGUGGCCCUACUUCUGGCUUCAGUCAACUGCAUUGUUCCUCCUUCAAAAGAAGAUCUUACCGAGCUCUCACUCCAGGGAGGGAAGUAUCUGGAUAAACAGAUUGAAAAUGCCAUUAACGGAGUGAAGGAGAUGAAGAGUGUGAUGCAGAAGUCUUCCGAGGACCACAAGAAGUUUGUGGAUGCCUUGGAGGAGACCAAGCUGCAGAAAGAGGAAGCGAUCCGUACAGCUCAGGAGAUGGAAGCCAAGCUGGAGCAGGAGGAAGAGGUCUGCAAUGAGACCAUGAAGUCUCUGUGGGAGGAAUGUAAGCCUUGUCUGAAGAACACCUGCGUUAAAUACUACUCCCGGACAUGCAGCAGCGGAUCUGGACUGGUGGGACGCCAGCUGGAGGACGUUCUAAACAGAACAUCACCCUUCUCCAUCUGGAUCAACGGGGAGAAGAUAGACGUCCUGGAGCGGGAGGGACAGCGGCAGAGCAAAGAAUUCAAGAACCUGGAGGAAAAAUACACAGUGAUGGCUGACGGUGUGGACAGCAUAUUCACAGACAGCAUGAAGGUGGCUGAUCAUGUGCAUUACAACCCUCCAGUGUUCUUUCUUCCCAAUUUCCUGGGACAGUACACUCGCCGGGCCAGGAGCAUUCGCUCUAUAUUCAAUGAUCCUUUACACAACUUCCAGAGUUUGUUCUCCCCCAUGAUGGGCAUGGGCAGGAACUUCUUCAGUUCUAUGGGCUCCAUGAUGGACAUCAACUCAGACACACCUCCUAAUGAGGAUGGCAGCAUGAAUGAGGAUGUUGUCAUCACCAAACCUUUCGGCAACGGCAGGAUGACCUGCAGAGAGAUUCGCCGUAACUCAGCCGGCUGCAUCAAGUUCCGUGACGAGUGUCAGAAAUGCAGAGACAUCCAGCAUAUUGACUGCUCCGGGAAGAAACCUCUGGAGGGCCCGCUGAAGGAGGAGCUGGAGGAGGCGUUGGCCAUGGCCGAGCGUUUCACUCAGCAGUACAACAGCCUCCUGAAGAGGUUCGAGGAGAAGAUGUUCAACACCUCCUCCAUCCUGGACCUGCUCAACAGGCAGUUCGGCUGGGUGUCGUCUCUGGCAAACGACACCAACACCAAGGACGACAUCUUCCGGAUUCAAACGGUGAUCUGCAAGGACAUGGAGGGGAAGCCAGACGAGGAGAAGAAGGAGCCUGAAGAAACAAGCGUGUCUGUGCAGCUCUUCGACUCUCCACCUAUGAACAUCAGUGUGCCGGGUGACAUCCCCUGGACCGACCCCAAGUUCUCUGAGGUGGUGGCCCAGGAGGCUCUGGACCGCUACAAGGAAACCACCAUUGUGGUCAAAUAAAGUCCCAGCUGCAUUUGCUCCCUGACCUGAACUGUCUGCUGACAUGAGAAUGUUCUGGAUUCAUCAAAACACAGCUGAAACCCCGACGAUAAACACACCUGGGAAAAAACCCUGGAGCCAAUCCACUGAUUCUGAUGGAAACAAUAUUUAAGUCAUGCUAUCACAAACAACACAGUUUAACCUCAGAUAUUUAUAUUGUUACAUUAGAGCUCUUUGUCCUGCUGUAAGAAAAGUUAUUCAGUAGAUAUAGAUAACAGGCCUUGUCAUGUCUAUAGUAAGGCCUUAUAUCGUGAGCUGGGCUUUGCAAAAAGGUGCCAUUACAUUUAACGAUUCAUGCUUGAGUUUCCGUUAAUAAACAUGAUUCACUCUGAAACUGUUUAUUCUCUGCAUUCAAGCUUUCUAACAAACGCAGAUUGAACUGAUAUUUCCUUACACAAAGGUUCUAUGAAACAAAGAUUUGAUUUUUAGAAAAGUUUAGAGCAAGUUUAUUCAGGCUGUUUCAGUGGCUUUAAUGACCUGCUCUGCCCUCUGGUAGCUUUUAUCAGAGUUGGUUGAGGUGUUUGACUUGCUGAAAUUAAAAUCACUGAUCAAAGGGACUGAACUUUUGAAAAUAGCAUUGAUUACGUUCAGGAUUUCUUUGAGCCCCUCUGUACAAUAGCCUAGCAAUCAAGCAAUACUUCUAAUAGAUCUAAUAAAAACCUGCUCAAACCCA